AUGUCGAUUCCCUUAUACCUCCUCACAUUGAACUGUGGGAAACUCCAAAUCAACACGGCUGAUUUUGCCGACAACCUCCAGCAGUCGCUACCGGAUGCGCCAUCCGACUUGUUCGUGUUUGGCUUCCAGGAGAUAUGCUCGAUUAUGGAUGGCACUUUCGCCCCUUCUGCCCGAAAACACAUGUUCGAUAUCAACCGAAUCGUUUUGCAUGCCUUGAACACAAAGUACAAUGGCCCGGCAGAUGCCGAUCUCGCGUUCACGACUCUCGGGGUCCAUCACGUGGGCGUCAUCGGCAUGAUAUUGGUGACCCCAUUUGCGCUGAAGUUUGGCACCUGCAGAUUUGCCGACGCCAGCUGCGGCAAUGCCAAAUCACUGUUGAAAGGUGCAGUGGGUAUCCGAGUGAGUUACUCUGCUGCCGACUCGCUGCUGACCGAAUUGACCUUUGCCACGGCCCACCUCUCAGCUUUCGAAGGUUCGUUUUACUACGAGCGACGCAUCCAGAAUAUCCAGACAUUGAUGCGGGCGCUAGAUUUCGGCGACGGAUUCAGCUUCCUAAAGCCGGGCUCACACGCAUUUUUCAUGGGCGACUUGAACUUUCGGACGACGCAAGACCCGAAGAACUACGAGGCCGCAUUGGGAGAGCUCGUACAGCUACAGGACAACACAAAACAGCUCGAGCCAAACAUUGUGCCGAGUCUCGUGGCGAAGUAUGACGAGCUUACCCGAGGCCGAACGGAAGGCGAGCUUUUCUCUGGUUUUGAUGAGCCUUGUAUCACCUUCCAUCCCACAUACAAGUUUCACUUGAACACGGCGAUAUACAAUUCCAAACGCUGUCCGCUGUGGUGCGAUCGAAUCCUCUAUCAGUCCACAUACAAGAAAGGGAAAGUGCCCGUGAUACACGAGUACAACAGUGCAUCGACAUACCUCCGCUCUGACCACCGGCCCGUGUACUUGAAAAUCACUGUUCCUCUAGAAGCACCCGAGUCGAUUAUCGCAGAAAACGGGUAUUUUGUUGUUCUACCUGCUGCUUCCCAUCUUGCACACAACAGCCAACUUGAAGGUUUCGAUCCCAACACUGCCGUUAGCGGACCCACACAGGUGUACAUGAAAUUCACCGCGCUCGACCGAUUGCACCAGUAUGCUUUCCGAAGAAUUGCCGAUUUGGGAAUUGGAUAUGGGUUGUGGCUUGCGACCACCACGAGGGGAAGACUUGUCGUCUUCGUUCUUGCGCUCAUGGCCUGGCUAUUGUAUGCAAUGUAG